CUUUUUGUAGUUUUUGCGCCAUAGCGAAUUUUGCAUUUCCAUUUGAAGCAGUGAGCAAAAAGGGGGAAAAUAAAAAGGGGCGAGGGUUUUUCCAAUUUCCGAAGCUUCUUCCGUUUAACUAUCAUAAAAAUGGCAGAAGAAGCGGCGAAUUCGGUGGUGCACGGUCCCUCCGCCGGCCAAAACCCUGUCUCCGGCGAAGCGACUAUUGAGUCUGGCGUCGGUGGCGGAGCCACGGAAUCCACCUGCAACAACAACGGCAGCAGCAACAGUGCUGGAAGCUCCGAAGCAAUUCAAAACGAUGAAGUCGAGAAAUCGUUGGAACAAGCCGACGAGUUGAUGGCUCGUGGCUCUAAAGCCGCCAAGGAGCGUGAUUAUGCCGAAGCCACUGAUUGCUAUAGCCGUGCCCUAGAAAUCAGGGUUGCACACUUUGGCGAGCUUGCUCCUGAGUGUGUCAAUGCUUACUAUAAAUUUGGAUGUGCCCUGCUGUACAAAGCUCAAGAAGAGACUGACCCGUUCGGUGCUAUGCCCAAAAAAGAUGCUGUAUCUCAAGAAGGUUCCACUAGAGGUGGCUCGGUAAAAAAUACUGAAACCGGCGAAUCUUCUGUUGCCUCUGUUUCAGAUAAUGCAGAAAAAUGCGAAGCCACAACUUGUUCAGAUAACACUCCAGAUGAAACUGUAGAAGGGAAAGGUGAAGAAGGUGACGAAGAAAGUGAUGCUGAAGAGCUUGCUGACGGUGAAGAGGAUGAAUCUGACCUUGAUUUGGCCUGGAAGAUGCUAGAUGUUGCUCGAGCAAUUGUGGAGAAGCUCUCAGAUGACACAAUGGAAAAGGUGGACAUAUUAUCAGCUCUAGCAGAAGUUGCUUUAGAAAGAGAGGAUGUUGAAACUUCACUGAGCGACUACUUGAAAGCCCUCUCGAUUUUGGCCCGCCUGGUUGAACCUGACAGUCGGCUGAUAGCCGAGCUGAAUUUCAGAAUAUGCCUGUGCCUGGAAAUUGGUUCUAAACCAGAAGAAGCUAUUCCAUAUUGCGAAAACGCCAUCACAGUUUGCAAGUCUAGAGUGCAGCGACUUACGGACGAAGUAAAGAACCUUUCAGGUGAACCUCUGGCAGAAAAAGAAGCAGAAAUCGAAACACUAACUGGUCUAUCCGGUGAAUUGGAGAAGAAGCUCGAAGAUCUACAACAGCUUGUCUUAAAUCCGAAAUCUAUCCUGGCAGAUAUCCUGGGCAUAAUGUCUGCAAAGGCUAAGGCUAACGAGAAAGCUACUGAAUCUGUAGGUAUGAGCUCCUCACAGAUGGGAAUUGCAGGAACUGCAGGGAGUACAGAUUCACCUACAGUUUCCACUGCUCAUACAAACGGGGCCUCUGCAGUGACCCAUUUAGGAGUAGUGGGUCGAGGAGUUAAACGUGUUGUGAUGAGUUCGACCACACAGUCCAGCCCUUCGAAGAAACCUUCGGUUGAUCCAUCAUCCAACCAUGGUGAUGGAAGUACCUCUUGAAGGAUUCUUUAUGAAUAGUUUUACGAAUAGUUGAAUUUACUUUGGGGAGGUUUGUUGUUAUAUUCGAACUGUAAUUUCGGGUUUUAGACCAACGUUUAGGGUUUGUUUUGCGAAUUUCCUGCUUUCUUAUCUGUUAUGUCAAGUGAUGCUCUUGCAAUAUAGUAAAUGACCAUGCGGCAACAUUGAUUCUCUUAAUUAACUAAGAUCGAAUUAUGGAGAGAUCUAAUACAUAAUUAUCUAAUUAUUGAUUGAAGGUUUGAUUAUUUGUUUAA